AGGCGUAUACCUUAGGGAAAAAGUUGCGUCUUUCAUGCCUCAACUAAGAAGUCGUACGCCUUUUGGGAGCACCUGAGUUAAAAAAAAAAAAAAAAAACUACUAACACUCUGAUAAGGCUUUGACGAGCAUCAAAACCUCCUCUCGACGAAGCUUCAUUCUUCCAAAGCUUCGUAUCUCUCCAACGACACCUCCACCUUAUCGUCUCUCUCCGACGAGUCGUCAACUGCUUCCGAGGUAUCAUAUCUCUCCGACGACCCCUUCGGAGCUCUCGUCUCUUUCCAAGCUAGGGCCUGGCUUCGAAGACUCCUCCGGCUUCUUGCCUUUCUCCGACAAGUCGUCAAUUGCUUCCGAGGUCCGACAUCUCCUUCGGAGCUCUCGUCUCUUUCCAAGCUAGGGUCUGGCUUUGAAGACUCCUCUAGCCACUUGCCUCUCUCUAGCGACCCUCUACAGCCUCUCGUCUCUCUCCGCGACCCCCUACAACCUCUCUGCUUCGAGGAAUCCUAUAGAUCGGGUCUAGCAGGCUAGAGGAGCCGGGCUAGUGGUGUGAAUUUUAUGUAGGUAGUGUGUAGAUAGAGAUUUUAUUUUUGUUUAGUUUUAUGAGAUGUAAUUAUGUGAAAAUGGAUAUAUUUGUGUAUAAAGAUAAUUAGAACUCUGGUAAUAUAAUUUGAGGAUUUUAUAUUUUAUUUCCGCUGCGUAUGUGUAUUUUAUAUUUGAUGAAUAAGGUAUCAAGUACACUGACGUCACUAAAGUAGCACUCCGGGCCCACGUUGCGGGUUGGGGUCGUUGCAUAGGAGAUCAUAUUUUAUGUUCUUUAUGGAUUGUAUUGAUUUAUUUUAUGCAGCUGUGUUUUUAUGUACUUUCUCAGCCAUGAAUACAGUUCCUUUUCCAUCUUUGGCGCCACCAUCUGCCUAUUUUCCGAUGGUACCACCUGAUCCACCACCAUCGAGUGCUUUUUGGCAGACUACAACUGUGAUUGAUCGCUUGAAAGAGCUGCGAGACACCAUAAAUCUUGCAAAGGCAAUGCAGAAAGAGUUGGAGAUGUUCUCUGUGCUCAAAGAUGUCAACCGGCCUAUAGAGUAUGUAGAUAAUGGUUCUACUGAGACUUCAGUCUCUAAGUUUUCUGAGCUUUUAAAAGAUAGGGGAAUUAGUUUGACAUCCCAAGAAUCACUUUCGGUGGAAGCCACAAAUUCCUUGAUUUUGAAAUUAAGAGCUCAUCUUGAGCCAUUUAGAGUUAUCACAGAUGAGAGAAGUCCUUGGGAGGAAAAAUCUGCCGCUGUCAGAUUGUGCAAUAAAAUGCAGAAGUCCAAACGAAAUAAACUGUGGAGGAAAAGGAAAAGGAAACGUCUUGCCGAAACGCAUGCAAGGGAGCGUGAACGAUUUGAUCAUGCUGAUCAAGAAGCUGAUGAGUGGAGGGCCAGAGAGAUUGCAAAAGAUAUUGCAAAACGCAAGGUUGAAAAGAUGAAGGAAAUUGCAAAGCUUAAAGCCAAAGAAGAGAGAAAGAGACUCGAAUCUGAGCUCGAACUGGUAUUAAUUGUAGAGAAGCUGCAACAAUUACGCUCCAUCCGGAUCCAAAAAUUGAAAAAACAAGGACAUUUUCUGCCAGAUGAGGAUGACAAAUUUCUUGAGAGAGUUCGAGCAGCAGUUGAGGAGGAGGAGCGGCAAGCAAUGGCUGCAGCUGACACGGAUGCUGCUAAGGAUGCGAUUGCAACUGCUGAGGAAUCUAGGAAAAUCAACCAGGGACAGUGGCCUGACUCAAAAGAUCUAAGCAGUGAAUAUGGUCAAAAUGGAAAAAGCCAAGACCAGAUGACUGAGAAUGAAAAUAGAGGUGGCUCUAGUGCUGCUGCAAAUGAGAAAUCUCAAAAACGAGUUGAGGAUCGAGGCUUUGAUGGGGCCUAUGAUUCUGUGGCAAGUUUACCCAUUGAGUUCUAUCAUUAUUACCAUGGCAGCAAUACUGACAUGGGUACACUUAUCGAGGUUAGAAGAACAUGGGAUGCAUACAUCAGACUUGGAGGAAGCCGUAUUCCUGGGCACUUUGUUCAACCGCCACCUCCAGCAGAUGAGAUCUGGGCAAGCUACAUGGUGGGGCACAAAUAAAGCCUUUCUAGUAUGAAUUUUGUGGCUGCUUUGCACAAGAUAAUGCUGCAGCAAGAAAGAAGGGCAAGAUGGUGUGGACAUAGAUGCGAAAUCCAAGCAAUGAUGGGAAUGCAGCUACAUGAUGCAUUGUUGCAGGCGUCCUGAGGAAAACUUGUCUUUGUAUUUUGUAGCCAUUACCAAAGUUGGUUUAGGCAUUGUGUAACAGCGGCUGCAUGUGUUAUGAGUAAUUGGCUCCCACUGUCACUUCGCCUGCGCGCAGAAUCAAGAGCAUCUGAGAAAAAUUGUGGGAAGGAAGCAUUUUAUGGAAGAUGUCUCCAGUUCCUCAAGAUAUUUGCUACCUUGACUUAUUAUUUCCUCAAUCUAAAUUUUACAUAUAGCACAUGGAGGGAAAAAUUCUACUCUUACUAAAGAUCAUUUGUGGUCCAUUGACUUUAGUAAAGACUAUCAUAUUAUUUUGCUCUGAUCUAAUUGAAAAUCACUUUUUUAUGUUCU